AAAAGGUUGAUUUUAACCCGAGAUUUUUACAUCUGCAAAGCGCGGGAAGUUUGAACUGACCAGCAUCCAUGCCCGGGAAAGAGACGAUGGACGAUUCGGGUGCAAUUCUGUGUCAGAUAUCUCAGCUCAAGGACAUGCUUGAUAAGGUGAACGAGGACAUCGAGGCCAACAUCCAGAUCACCAGAGAAAUCGAAUCGGAGAUUGUCAAGUGCUCGGAAGCCGAAGUCUCCCUGCUUGCUCAAGAAUCGGAGCUGAUGCAAAGAGCGUACACGCAACAGUUCGAAAUCAAAGGCUUGAUGGCCGCCACUGCUGCUUCAACAACCUCCCACAAAUUAUUAGAGGAAGAGAUAGAUUCUCUCAAAAGGAAGCGGGAUGAGAUACUGACCCAAAUGAACAUCCAACGAGAAAGGUUCCUGAAAUCAUGCAUGGAUUUUCAAAAAAACAUUAGCAAGCAAGAGAAUGAUGAAAUUGGGGCUUUGCUCUUGAAGAAAGAGCUCCUACAAAGUGAAGUUCAUUCCUUAAACACAAGAAAUUCUGAUCUACAAAACUCAAUGGCUGCAUUUGUGGAAGAAAUUCUUGAAGAUCUUCAGAAUUCUGUUCAUGCUCUAGAGAUUGACAUAAGAAUUCGAGAGAAUGAAAAAGAGAAAUUGAUGAAGGAUAUUGAUGAAUUGAAGAAGACAUUGAUUCAGCUAUGCCAAUGUGAUAAAUCUUAGUAAGCUUUUUCACUUCUUAUUGUAUUGGCACUUCUCUUACAGUACAACCUUGGGCCCAGUGCCCAUUCACUUGCAAACAAUCUAGAUGUAGCAGAAGGGAAAAUUAUUUAGUCAAUAAGAGAGCAGAAGUUCAAAGUAAACCCUAGGGAGUCUUGGGGUCCCUAAAUAAUCCAACGCUCUACCAAUAUCUAUACUCACUCUUCCCUUAACAUCUGUGACGUUCAACAAGCCAAUGCCUGUUACUUGUUAAGCUGUGUGCAUCCAAGCAUUGUUUAUUGAUCCUGGAUAACGAGUACUACUCUCAACUUGAUCAUAUAUUUCCUUGAUUGUUGCUUGAUAUAGAAUAAUUCAGCAGCUUGAAGUCAAAGGACCAGCGUUUACUAAAGCUUAUUCCCAUGUUAGUUAGUUUAUGAAAAGUUGUUUCAACUCUCAAAUGUAUGGUGGGCAUUUCACUUUCAGCUUGAUUUUUUUGGUUUUCGAUUCAAAAUGAUUUGCGAGAAUGAUUACCAAAUAAAACCAUAUUAUGUUUAUGUUUGAUACGAUUCGAUUUGGAUACUUUCUAAAAGGUUUUAUUAUUAUUUUAGUUCCAUUCGGU